AUGAAGAUUGAUUUUGCCCCCUUAAAAAUGCCCCUGCAGAGAAGACUGCAGACGGCUGCGGUGUUGCAAUGGGUCUUCUCCUUCAUUGCCCUGGCACCCACCUGCAUCUUCCUGUUCCUUUACCUGCUCUUCACUCGCUACUGGCUGAUCAGCGUGCUGUACACCAUCUGGUGGUACUUUGACUAUGACUCUCCAGCACGUGGGGGCCACAGGGUGCCCUUCUUGUGUGGCCUCAAAAUGUGGAAAUACAUGAGGGAUUACUUCCCCAUCAAGUUGGUGAAGACAGCUGAUCUGGAUCCCAGGCACAACUAUGUCCUGGGCUUCCAUCCCCAUGGCGUGCUGGUGGCAGGAGCCUUUACCAACUUCUGUACCUCUGCGACAGGCUUCAAUGAGCUGUUUCCUGGCCUCACCAGCUACCUGCUCAUGUUGCCCCUUUGGUUCAGAUCCCCAUUUUUCAGAGACUACAUCAUGUCUGCAGGUCUUAUUCCUUCGGACAAAGAGAGUGCAAGCUAUCUGCUCUGCAAAAAAGGCGGUGGCAAUGCUGUUGUGAUAGCAGUUGGUGGGGCCCCAGAGGCCCUUGAUGCCCACCCUGGGACCUACAAUGUACUAUUGGCUAAGAAGAAAGGCUUCAUCAAAAUGGCGAUGGAGCGUGGUGCUCAUCUGGUGCCAGUCUUCUCCUUUGGAGAAAAUGACUUAUUUGAUCAAGUGGAAAACCAAAGAGGAACUUGGCUGCGAUGUACACAGGAGCGGCUGCAAAGCAUCAUGGGUAUCUCAAUGCCCCUCUUCCAUGCACGUGGCAUUUUCCAGUACUCCUUUGGUCUCCUACCCUACAGAAGACCCAUCAAUACAGUAGUUGGAAGGCCAAUUCGGGUGGAGAGGAAUGAGAAGCCAACGGCCGAGGAGCUUGAUGCCCUCCACCAGCUCUACAUGGACGAACUCAGCAAUCUGUUUGAGGAGCACAAAGGCAACUAUGGAGUGGACAAGGACAUAACACUGAACUUUGUCUGAACUGGACUGAUAAUGGAGUGGAUUUAAAUGCGUUUCUAUUUGUAAAGAUCUGGUGCUGCAGGCUGAGUUAAUUGAUGGGCUCUGUAAACCUUUUUGCUCUCAACUGUCCUGUUAAGUAAAGAUAAAUGAACUGUUGGUUCUGCAACAAGACACAGUACCGUGUCCCUUUAUAUAAGAGAGGACUCAAGGACCCCAUGAGAGAAAAGCAAAAUAGAAAUGCUUACGUAUCCAUAACUGAGAUCUGGCUGUUCAUUCAGACAGUUGUCGCUGUUCAGUGGGAAAUGGUUCAGAGGGAACGUCACGUUUUCCUCACCAUCUCCCAGUGGUGGCAUCUGUCUGGGGUUCUGGACUUUGUGCAAGACCUGACACUUUCUCAAACAGAGUCAUAGGGUGAAUUUGGGUUGCAACAUCAUUUGGAGACACUGUCAUAAAACAGCAAUAAUUUCAGGAUUUGUUAUGUACCCAAAUGCUAUA